CUAAGUGAACUGUUGAGACUCACAACUUCACAAUCCAUCUCGGGUUUCUUAAGCAAUCUGCGGAGCCAUGAUCAAAUUUCGUGUAUAUUUGGGUUAUUGCAUUCUGAUCUCCAUGACGAUAGGGUUGCAGCUGUUCUUGAUUACAUGUCCUCCAUGGUGGCCAAUGUCGAACCAUUUCAUCAUUCCUUGUCUGAACAAAGUUUUAGCAGGGGGAAGUUCAAUGUCAGGUUCAAGCGCAGAAAUGGGCGAGUUAGAGUGACGAGUGAAGAAUUUAAAGUUGACCCUGGAGGAAUUAGCUUUACAUCUAUUCCCUCAGCGGAUGGACUAUCCAUCUCAGGCCUACUGCCGAAGGUGCAAUUCAAUCUUGAUCUGUCUGAGAAGGAGCGAACUGAUAGGGCUAACGUUGUGCUCCCUUUUGAACACCAAGGAAAUGGUAAACCCAUACAAAUAUAUGAUGGUAGAAGAUCGCUUGAAGAUUACAACAUUGAGGCAAAGCACACUUCUGGUAGUAAAAAAGUGGGUUCUGGCACGGGUGAGAUUAUUUAUUAUCGUGAUUCAGAUGAUGAGAUGCCGGAUUCUGACGAAGACCCAGAUGACGAUUUAGAUAUAUGAAUAUCCUUUAUAUUAUCAGAAAAAUGUGGACUUUUAUUGUAAUUUUACUAGGUUUCCUUCAGUAUUUUACUCCCAUUUCUCUGUUUAAUGUAAUAGAGAUGUUUUCGUGUAUUUUUUCGCCCCAACUUUUACCAUCAACAGGGUCAUAGAAUAGGUUAUUUCACUUGUACAUAAGCAGAGUUCAAAAAAAAAAUCGACAGAUGAAGCCAACGUUAUUCGAAAUUGUUCUCAAUAUAUUAUGGAUUGACAUGGAAUCAUAUUU